AUGACGGACGAAAAUCAGCGUGCCCAGUGCAUCAACAGCCAGCUGAGGACGGCUGCAUUAUCUACAUGCACAGAUGCGUUGAGGUCUAAAUGUCGGCUGGCUCGCUCUCAAGCUCUGCAGGCCAGCGCUCGAUUUGAUUCCUUCGCCAUCUUUAUCCCAGAAUGCAAAUCCGACGGAACUUACACAGAGGUGCAGUGUCACAAUCAGACGGGUUACUGCUGGUGCUCUUCUCCUGAUGGGAUGCCUAUGAGCGGAAGCUCUGUCUUACAUCUGCGGCCCAACUGCACUGGUCAGAUGUCAGAUAUUACUCGGGAUUUGCACAAGCAAAGCGAGGCGUUCGGUGGCGCUCCACUCCUGAUCCUGACCAGCGCUCUGUUCUGA